AUGUCUGGAAGUUAUUGGACGUCCACCCAGAGAAAUAAGUGGCAAUUCACCAAGGAUUCGCUCGCUAAAGAGAGAGAAAAGCUUUGGAUCAUGGAAUGUCAGCUGUUUCCGCAGGGUUUGAAUAUAGUUAUGGAUGGUAAGACGAAUGGGUCUGAGCGAUCAAUGACUAAAAAUAUCGCUAUCACGCAUCGAGAUUUGCAUUAUGAUAGAGACUAUAAUUUGCGAAUAUAUUGCUAUUUUUUAGUAAUGAAAUUAGGCAGAAGAUUAAACAUUAGACAAUGCGCCCUGGCGACAGCUCAUGUGUACCUUUCUAGGUUUUUACUGCGUGUAUCGGUACGAGAAAUCAACUUAUAUCUUUUGGUGACAACCUGCGUUUAUUUGGCCUGCAAGGUUGAGGAGAGUCCGCAAUAUAUAAGAACGUUGGUUAGUGAGGCGAGAUCACUAUGGCCGGAGUUUGUGCCACCAGAUCCGACGAAGGUGACAGAAUUUGAGUUUUAUCUGAUAGAGGAGUUGCAGAGCUUUCUAAUUGUGCAUCAUCCUUACAAGUCUAUGGAGCAAAUAGUCGAUGUUUUGAAGGAGCCACCUUUUGAGUUGCGUUUGUCCCAAGACGAGCUGCAAAGUUGCUGGUCUCUGAUAAACGACAGCUAUAUCAAUGACGCGCAUUUAAUAUACCCACCGCAUAUCAUUGCUAUUGCAUGCCUUUUCAUUACAAUUUGCAUAAGGGGCCGAUCAGCUAAGAAUUCCCUGUCCAGUUCUACAGCGUCCGCCGACACUAUGAACCAAGACGAUCCAGUAUUCAUGAAGACUCUUAAACAGCAGGAGUUAUUUAACCGAUUUAUAGCAGAAUCACAAGUGGACCUAGAAGAAGUUAUGGAUACUAUUCAGGGCCUAAUAACUCUAUAUGAGCAUUGGGACAAGUAUCAUGAGCCUUGGAUCAAAUUUUUACUUCAUGCAUUAUACUUGCGUCCAGGUACGCCACCUCCUUCUGUUUCCUCGUCUUAA